GAUGCAUAAAAUUCAUUUUACAUCAGGUAACUUGGGGAAAACAGAAAACUUUAGAUCACUCUGUGAUUGAUUGGUUUUGCCUGGUGAUCUUUCCUUAUGUCAUCAGCCGUUGAAUUCCUCGUCGAGGUGGAGGGACCGUAUCUCCCGUUCACUCACACCGAAACAGGGUCACCUUUUCUCUUCCUGUCUUCUCCUCUCCUUCUAGAUGUUUUUCGGUUAGUUUUCCGGGGUGGGCCUGAGCCUUAGUGACCCUCGCUGCCGGCCGAGCCUCUGCCCUGCUCCGGGUGACAGCUGACGGGGACAGGCGGGGGUUUGGGAGCUGCUCGCCGAUAACAGAUAAACUGGGGUUGAAGGCGGCUGUCACGCACUGAUAAAGUGCACAAUAACCGCCUGAAAUCUGGACAUGAUCGACAACAAACCUCACAGUUGAACGCAUCGGGAUGCGUUUAGUUGACCUACACGUCUCUUUAGGAGGAUAUUUCAAUUCAACAAACUGGAUUUGUGGUCUUUGAGUCUGGAUGGGAAUAUAAUCAUUUAUUGUUAGUUUUUUUUAUCAUUAUUUAUUUUAAUUUAAUCAACUCUAAACAUGCGACUUUUGCUCCGCGUGCCGAUCUGCACGCGCAGGAUGCAGUUGUGUAAAUUCAAGCCGACCCAGCCCAGGUUUUGGAUGGAUUAUGGUCCGAGGCUUCCCGCCGCUCCCCGGAGAAAGUCCUCCGUCCAUCCCGCACCUGUCUUCUCUCCCUGGGGCAGACCCCUCACCUCUGUCCCGCGCCUCCGUCCGCUGUCGGGUCCCUCGCUCCUCUUCUUCACCCCGGCAGGCCGGGGAAGGGCAGCAGUCCGUCACACACCUGUUGCCUUCGCCAGCUCCUCCUCGGCGGGAUCCGCGGAGGUGGAGAAGAACCGGGCGGACGCAGAGGAAGCCCGGCAGCCCCCCACCAGCGUCCCUCUGGAGGAUGUCAAACGGAUCCUAAGACUCGCUCAUCCGGAGAGAUGGAGAGUGGCAGCUGCUGUUGGCUUCCUGACCGUCUCCAGCACAGUGACCAUGUCGGCUCCAUUCUUUCUUGGCAAAGUGAUAGACACCAUUUACAGCACUGGAACCGACAUAGAAACGAUGACAGCGUCCCUCACAUCCCUUUGCAUCAUGCUGACGGGAGUUUUCCUGUGUGGCGGAGCAGCCAAUGCUGCCAGGGUCUACCUCAUGGAGGUUUCAGGCCAACAGAUCAUUCGUAAUCUGCGAGGUUCCAUCUUCAUGUCCAUCCUCCGACAGGAAGUAGCGUUUUUUGACAAGAACCGGACCGGGGAGCUCAUAAACCGGCUCUCCGCUGACUCCGCCAUUGUGGGUCGCUCCAUCACAGACAAUCUGUCGGAUGGGCUGCGAGCCGUCGCCCAGGCAGUUGCUGGUGUCAGCAUGAUGUUUUACGUCUCUCCCAGCCUGGCGAGUUUUGUUUUGCUGAUUGUUCCACCUAUGGCUGCUCUGGCUGUCAUCUACGGCAGAUACCUUCGUUCCAUCUCAAAACGCACACAGGACGCGCUCGCACAGGCCACACAGCUGGCAGAAGAGCGAAUCAGCAACCUACGGACAGUCAGAGCUUUUGGGAAGGAGCUGUCGGAGGUCAACGCUUACAAACAGAAAGCAGACUUUGUCCUCAGCCUGGCUAAGAAGGAAGCUAAAAUGAGAGCCGGUUUCUUCGGGGUGACUGGUCUCAGUGGAAACCUCAUGAUUCUGUCAGUGCUCUACAAAGGAGGUCUUCUGAUGGCCAAUCACCACAUGACUGUGGGAGAGCUCUCAUCGUUCCUCAUGUACACUUUCUGGGUUGGCAUCAGUAUCGCAGGUCUGAGUUCAUUUUACUCUGAGCUGAUGAAGGGUUUUGGAGCAGGAGCCAGACUUUGGGAGCUUCUUGAAAGAAAGCCAGAGUUUCCUCUAGAUGAAGGCCAUGUCCUUCCCCCGGAGCAGCUCAAAGGCCAGCUGGAGUUCUGCAAUGUCUCCUUUGCUUACCCGACUCGAAAAGAGGCUCAGAUUUUUCAGAACCUCAACCUUCUGGUUCCAGCCGGGACCAUCAUGGCUGUAGUGGGACCCAGUGGCUCAGGGAAGUCUUCGCUGGUGUCACUUCUUCUCAGGCUGUAUGAUCCUGAUUCCGGACUCAUCACCAUUGACGGACAUGAUAUCCGGGAUUUAAAUCCGUACUGGCUAAGAGCUCACAUUGGAACUGUGAGCCAGGAGCCAGUGUUGUUUUCCUGCUCUAUCAGGGAUAACAUAGCAUAUGGUGCUACGGACCCUGAUGCUGUGACCACAGAGGACAUCUACAGGGCCGCCAAAGUAGCUAAUGCCUUUGACUUUGUCCAGAGAUUUCCUAAAGGCUUUGACACGGUUGUGGGGGAGAAGGGAGUGCUGCUGUCAGGUGGUCAGAAGCAGAGGAUAGCCAUUGCCAGAGCUCUGCUUAAGAAUCCAAAGAUCCUACUGUUAGAUGAGGCCACCAGCGCACUGGACUCGGAGAACGAGUCUCUUGUCCAGGAGGCGUUGGAGCGUCUGAUGGAAGGUAGGUUGACCUUUCUCCCUUUUUGUAAAAUAACCCGCCUGUGUGUGAAACCAAUUCAUAAGUCAGCACUGCUUUUAUUCACAGGAAGGACAGUGGUGAUCAUUGCUCAUCGCCUGUCCACCAUCAAGAACGCAGACACUGUCGCUGUGCUGGAUCAGAGGCACAUCGCAGAGUGUGGAAAUCCCACAGAGCUGCUCAGCAACCGGGAAGGACAGUUCAGGAAACUGAUGGAGAAACAGGCAUUCCUGCAGGAAGAACAGCAGCGGGCGCUUCUUUGAGAAAAGCACAUGAUAAGAAGAAAACUCACAAGGUGAUGACUCAGUAAAUGGAGCGUAUAAAAGGAAAACAGAACUCAACAUUCAGUGUCUGAAACCACAGUCACAUGAAGAAGGAAAAGGGGGUGAAUUCAUCUUAGAACCUUAUCCACAGAAAGAGUAACCGAAGAAAAACAAGGACAGACGCUCUUUUCUCACGGGCAGCUUCAAUUUAAGUGUCAUGACUGGAAAAAAUAAUCAAAAAUACAACAAGAUUGUGUUUUUUCUAUCACAUUAUGAUAUUCAUAACAAAGUUUUUGUGAGUCCAGAAUGUAUCACAGAAUCUGUUAAAUGUAUAAUUAUGUCUUCAAUUUUUUUGUUUUUUUACUUAAGGGUUAGUUAAAAGGCGUUUUACUUUUCUUUUAUAGCCUGAAAGCAGCUUUGUUUGAUAUUUACACUGAAUAUUCAUAUUUUUUAGGAUUUUUGCACUGGUUGGUCAAAGGAAAAAACAAACCUAAAAAACAAAAAGGAGCUACAUGCCUAAAAACGAUGUCAGCCGUGGCUUGGACUUCUGGUUUGUGUGUCUUGACUCUGUGAUUGCAACAUUCACACGACAUUUGUGAAACUGCUGUCACUGUACUGUGUUUAUGAUGCCGUCAGAGGAGAUUCGUACACAUGGAUCACAUCUCUCAACAGUUAUCUGAACCUACAACAUCUUGAUAAGUUACCUCCUGAAGGUUCGGAUCUGAUGACAUUCAUAGUAAGUAACACUGAAACCCCAAGUGCACUGUGAUAGCCACCUGUCCAGGGUGCUCACUGCCCCCCUCAGGUAACAACAAUUUGUGGACGGGUGGAUGGAAACCAACAUCAAAACCUUAACGUGGAAUUGUGCAGUAGUGAAGUUUGCAUUCGGUAUUUCUAACUUGGUCACAUGUUUACAGGAUGUUCAAUUCACAGCCUUAUAUUCUUCAUCUCUGGAACUGUGCACAUGUUGCCCUUAAGCCACGUAAAUAUUGGAGCUGGCGCAGGGAUGUAAUAAUUCCCCUUAGUAAAUAUUUGGACAGCUAAUACCCACUUCUCUGCUGGGUCAAAGCCCAGAUCUGAUGCUCUAAUUAGUUUUUCUUUUCAUUUCCACACAUUUAAGUGCGUUUAAAUCUCUGAACAGAAUUGCACACAAAAAAAACAAUAGUAACUAAGUACACAGGUUAUGUGGACAUUUUCAUUUAGCAACAUGAGUCUGAAAUAAACUGCUGUUUUAAAUCCAGGCUCCAUUCGGACUCCUAUCAGAAAAAAAUGGAAGAGUUUUGUCAACUAAUUCAGCACUGAGCUCUUACAUAUUAUCUGUCACAGCUGUAACUUUGUGGUUAGAGCUGUCAAAAAUGUGUGUGUUGAAGGGGUUUUAUUAUAUGAUAGCUGAAUCUAAGCACAUUUUUAAAUCUGCCUCUGCAAAGCCACUUUUGUGCAGAUAAUCUCAUUUUAGUUUAUUGUCUAACCUAAAAGAAGGAUUUUUUUUUUUACUUGAAUCCUGUGUUGGUCUUUGUAAACCUAAUGUCUCUUCAAAUGAUGCUUUAAGCAUUUCCCUAAGCAUUGUUUUUAUAUUUACAUUUAAACUAAUACUUGGAUAAAAUGUAUAGGGGUUUGUAGCAUAAAAAAGGAUAUAUUUAUCUUUAUGGUGAUGAUACAGAAUUAUUACAGAAAUCUCUAAAUUAUUAUAUGUACAAAUAAAUCAAUAAAGUGAAAUAUUUUCUGU